AUGAUCAAGAAGAAGAAGAAGAAGAAGAAGAAGAAGAAGAAGAAGAAGAAGAAGAAGAAGAAGAAGAAGAAGAAGAAGAAGAAGAAGAAGAAGAAGAAGAAGAAGAAGAAGAAGAAGAAGAAGAAGAAGAAGAAGAAGAAGAAAGAAGAAGAAGAAGAAGAAGAAGAAGAAGAAGAAGAAGAAGAAGAAGAAGAAGAAGAAGAAGAAGAAGAAGAAGAAGAAGAAGAAGAAGAAGAAGAAGAAGAAGAAGAAGAAGAAGAAGAAGAAGAAGAAGAAGAAGAAGAAGAAGAAGAAGAAGAAGAAGAAGAAGAAGAAGAAGAAGGCUAUGUUUACCCAGGAAUGCCCCUUCAGCCUGAGGCUGGUCUUCCAGGGGGUCCUGCUAGCCUCGCCCCAGACGCAGGACAUGACUAA